GCAAAACCCCAUCCCCAUCCAUCUAUUUCGUUCCGGAGCGUUCGCAGCCGCCGCCGCAGGGGAAGGAGAAGGUUCGGUUCGAGGGAAAGCGGAGGAGGAUGGGCGAGUUCGACGACUACUGGGCGCGGGCGUACAGGGGCGACUCCGGGGUCCCGCACUCCGACCCGCAGCGGCUCGUCUCCACCUGGACCGGCGCCUUCGCCCUCGGCGCCGCCGCCUGCGUCCACCACCACGCCUCCGCGCUCGCCUCCAACAUCAAGUCCCUCCCCGCCACUUGGCAAAACAUGACAAUGAUGCUUGAUCAAAAGCGCUGGAAGAAAGUUCUUGAGAAGAAGCAACAACAAGCUUAAGCUCAUGCUCAUUGUACUUCCCAGCUUCUCGGCCAGUUGGAUGAGCUUGUCUCAAGUCAUCAAUUGUGGUGCAGAAAGUUUCAGAGCGACCAACUUUGGUUUUCCUGCCUAGUGUUAGAACUUCCUGUCAAAACGAAUGUAUUGUGUUAAACUGCGCCCCCCCCCCCCCCCCCCCCCCCCCCCCAUUGUGGUGUUUACUCCAGCUCAAAUCCUCAAGUGGCGUGCAGAAUGAUUUGCCUAUCCUUCAAAUCUUUGUGAUCUUUUGACCAUGCGACAUGUCAUCUAUAUCUGCUGCGUUGGUUAUAUUUCCAUGCUA